CACUGGGAGCGCUACAACGUUUUCGUUACCCGCACGGCGUACUGUAAGUACUAGCCGCCAUUGCUCGUUUUCAUUUCGUGUUUACCGGACGUGCACGUUUCGGAAUAUCAUCAAGAGACCACACGGUAUGUCAACAUGACCGUCCUCAACACAGAGACUCCAUCAGCAUAUGCCCCAUCGCCAGAUUCUCCACCUCCAGAUGCUCCUGCCCCAGUCAGAAAUCGACCACCUCACAUAAAUAUCAAUGUAGGCAGAUCAGACGACACAGCCAUAAAAUUUAUGAUCAAAAAGACUACACAGUUUGAUAAAUUGAUGAAAACGUACUGUGUGGCAUGUGACUUACCUUUGAAUGGUGUCAGAUUGUUUUUUGGUGGAAGACAAGUUUGUAGAUUUGAUACUGCUUCAUCUCUAGGGAUAGAACACGGCGAUUUCAUAGAAGCAUUGCAUGACUUUUAAAUAGAUACUUGUUGAUGUAUAACAAUGGUUGAUGU